AUGCACAUAUCUGAAUGUGUUACAAAAUUAUUAGUACUUGUUGAAGAUUUUGAAGCUGAAGAAAUGAAUUUAAAUAUUAGUUUAAAACAAAAAGUUUAUAAUGAUGAUGAUUCAAUGUUACUCAAAAAAUUUGGUUCACAACUGACCAACAAAGCCAAUGAAUUAUUACGUAAACAAAAUGAUGAAACAAAACUUAAAACUUGUUUUAUUGAAGAAAUUGAAGAUAAUAGAUGGAAAAUCGGUCAAAAAGACGAAGAAAAGAAUCAUUUUAUUACGUCAAGUAUAGCUUAUCGCGAUUCAAAUAAUAAUUCAUUGUUUUGUGAUUGUCAAUUUUAUUUACAAAAUCAGUUACCAUGUCGUCAUAUAAUAGUCUUGUUUAAUAGAAUUAAUGAUGAAAUAUAUGAUAAAACAUAUGAAUUACAACAAAUUAUUUCACUUAACAAACGAUGGUUAAAAAAUCCAGCUAAUUAUUAUUUAAAUGAAGUCAAUCAUUAUGAUAAUAUACCAAAUUAUAAUUCUCAAUUUAUAGUUAAUCAAAUUACACCUCAAAAAAAUAAAAUUUUAAAUAGUAAUGACAAGUACAAUAAUAUUAAACCAAUAUUAGAUAUGUUAACAGCUCUUAUAAUCCAAUGCGGAACCAAUGAAUUUAAUGAACAUUUAAAUUUUCUUAAUGUUAUUGGCGAUUUAAUUAGUUUAAACAAACAUAAAGAAUUGUACAAUUAUGCAAAUUCUUUAAAACAUAAUUGUUCCAAACACGUAGAUCAAGUUAUAGAACAAGAAGCAUUUAUAAAUUUAUCUGAUGAUAUACAGAAAGAAGCAACAGAAAAACAUACAAAAUUAGACCAUAUAGAAGAAAUUCAAGAACCAAAUGUUAUGAAAUUUAACCAAGAACAAGAAUUAGAACAAGAACCUGAUAUGAUAUUAUUUCAAAAUGACAAUGAAAAUGUAUCAAAAUUAGAAUUGGAAUCAGAACCAAAAGAAGAACAAGCACAUUUAUUAUUAAAACAAAAUAUGAUUCUCAAUUAUUCACCAGUAAUUAAUCCUCGAGACUCGAUUCGCGGUGUUUGUGACAAAGCAACGUGGUUAACUGAUUUUCAUAUAUAUUUAUUUUUUGAAUUAUUACAUAAACAAUUUUCAAAUGUUAAUGGUCUAUGUGGUCCUGCACAAAUUCAUUUAUACACGGGUUCAUUGCAGAACUCUAUUUUUAUUUUUAAUGCAAAUAACAAUCAUUGCUAUCCAAAAGAAUCGAUAAUUAAAUUUUUUAAAGAUAUAUUACCUGAUGAAGAAAAAGUUUCGGUUUCAUUUGAACAUGUUCAACAGCAAAUUGGUGGUAAUGAUUGUGGAUUAUUUGCAUUGGCUUUUGCAACAUCUCUUUGUUAUAAAGAUGUUCCAUCUUUGAAGUUUUAUGACCAAAUAUCUUUACGUGAUCAUUAUGUUAAAUGUAUUGAACAUAAUGAAAUUUGA